UUUCCGCACUGUUGCGCCUCUAAGCUUUCCACAGACGCAGAGAGGCUGCGGUGCGCGACUGUCGUCUUCACUUCACCAGGAGCUCUGUAGGAAGAAGAGCUUUUCUCCGCGCAAAAUCCGUAGUUUCUCCGUCCGUCUGCAGCCAAACACUGCGCUCAGCAUCAUGUCUCUGCAGCAGCUACGAGAUGAAAGUGACUUUGAUCAGCUCCCUCACAACAUCCCGAUCAGCGCCACUAUUGCUGACAUCGAGGAGAAGAAAGGCUUCAUCGACUACUUUAUGUUUGUGAUCGAGGUGAAGACUAAAGGAGGGAGCAAGUACCUGAUCUACAGGAGGUACAGGGAAUUUUUCAACCUGCACCAGAUCCUGGAGGACAGAUACUCUCCCGACGACCCGGACAGACCCGGUCCAAACACCUGCGUCCUGCCCACUCUUCCAGGAAAAGUCUUCAUUGGAAACAAGCAGGAGAUCGCAGAGAGCAGAAUCCCGGAGCUCAACACGUACAUGAAGAGGCUGCUGGGUCUGCCAACAUGGCUUCUGCUUGACGAGGAUCUCAGGAUGUUUUUCUACCAAACGGACCAGGACAGUCAGCACCGACCGCGAGCCCUCAGGCGUCUCCGCCCACCUACACGCAAAGUGAAAACAGUCAAACCACCGAAGUCGGACCUCUUCUCCUCCCCCCGGGCUGAGGCGAUGUUUGACUUUCGCGGCAACGGCAAGGCAGAGUUGAACCUGAAGAGGGGAGAGGUGAUCUUCCUGCUGCGACGAGUCAACGCCGACUGGCUGGAGGGCACAGUCAACAACCAGACAGGUAUUUUCCCAGAAUCCUUUGUGAAGAUCAUUAAACCCCUCCCAGAGAGUGACUCAGAGGGUGAAGGUGGAGGCCACACAUACAGCUGUCUUCACUGUUCCCUGCUCACCCCGUCUGGAGUCCAAACCAGAGACGUGUGUGUUCAAGAGGACCUCACCAUCCAGCCGACGUACAAGGACCUGCUGUCUCGCAUGAGGGAUGUCUUCAAGGUGGAUGAUAUUGCCCUGAACUACCGCGACCCCGAGGGCGACCUCAUCCGUAUCCUCGACGACGAGGACGUCCAGCUGAUGAUCAAGGAGGGCAGAGGUCAGGAGGGCAAAGUCAAGAGGCCUGUCAAUCAGUUUCCGUGGGAACUGCAUGUGACCAUGGCCUCUGACCUCUCUGUUUACAACACUGAUGCCUGAGAGAGGACGGAGAGGGCUGAGAGGAAUAUGUAGAAAUAUUUACUAUUCUCAUAUUAGAAAAUGAACUUCCCCGUAUUGAGUAUUACUGCUGAUGUUGUUGUUUACAUUCAUCUAAGCCUGUUUUAGUAAAAAGCCAAAACAUUUCACUUAGUAAUAAAAUAAUUUUAUAACAGUUUUA